GCUGGUUGCUCGGAGGGCUUGUUCUUUGGUCUCACGCUGCUGCCUCUCGAGGACGUGCUGGAGGAGUGGAGGUUCUGGCGGGAGGUGGACGGCGACCCGACGACUGGCGCUAAUCCGCGUUUGCGCGAGGUGAUGCAGUCGAUCCCUACCGGAUGGGUGCGGCGGGAGUACUCGUGUCGCGGAUGGAUACCAUUAGUCGCCGACAAGGCGGGCAACUAUCUGGGGGUCGACAUGAAUCCUGCGGAUGGCGGCUCGGUAGGUCAGGUCAUCGUGUUCGGCCGGGAUUUUGACACAAAGGUCGUCAUGUGGCGGGGCGACGGGCCCGCCGGCUGGGGCAAGUGGUUUUCGAGUUUCGUGGACGACCUCGAGAAUGGUGAGGGAUAUGAACUUGGGGCAACGAACGAUGGGAGUGACGACAGUGAGGACUCCGUGGGUUACCAAGAUUAUUUCUUCGACGGCGUCGGGAGCGGUCAAGGUGACAGCGGCGGUGAUUCCGGAACGGGCGGUCUCCGAAUGUCUGGCGAGUACAAGGGGUGGAACGUGUUGGAGGCGUGGGCGGAUCGCAGCGUUCGGAGAUGGCAGGAAGCCGGCCUG